AUGUACAGGAGGACAGCUUUAGCUACGUCUGCCAGGGUUGCAGCUCUCAGAAGACAUGCCUCAAGUGGUGUUUGGUCGAAUUUCAAGGACAGAUCGCCCUCUUUGCAAAUACAAGAUGCCGAGUUGAAGAAAGGAGUGUUGAACAAGAUUGACCCCAAUGUAGGACCAGCGUCACUACCCACGUACCAGCGGAAACUAGCAUACCACUCGCCAAUCGACAUUGACGAAACAUUCGCCAUGGCCUACGAAAUCUUGGAAAAGGAAUCAGAGGCAGCAUACAAGGUCAUCAAGAGCUUACAGGAACAAGUCGAAACCAAGUUGCAACAAGGCGAAGAGGUCGGCCUUUUGGAGAAGGAGCUCGAAUCAAGACUUGCUGCAGCAGAAGAGACAAACCCAGAAGUGAUGUACAAUGUCGAGUUCACCAACCCGGACCAUUUGGACAUGUCGCAACCGGUUUACCGCAAACUCCUCCGGGAAAAAUGGCAAGACUAUAGUUUGCUUGUCACGAUGCAGAGGCUAGAGCAGCUCCAUGUGAUUCCAGACACAUUGCCUACGUUGGACCCAAAGGCCGAAGUCAAGGUCAAAUUCACCCACAAUGCCGAUCCCGAGUUCAACCAAUGGGUCGUGCCCGGCCUGUUCUUGCCCGCGUUUGCCGCGUCCAAGCCGCCCACCAUCCGCAUCCAAGAGUUUGACAAGGUCGAAGGCGACGCAUCCUUGUACUCGGUGCUCUUGGUCAACCCCGACACCCCGGACUUGGCCAGAAACUCCUUUUCAACAACCUUGCAUUACGGGUUGCACAACGUUCCCCUCAACAACGUCGACAACACCAUCGACGUGGCCAAGUUGCUCAAGAUUGGUCCCAAGAUCACCUUUCAAGAGUUUUUACCCUUGACCCCUGAAAAAAACGCCCCUGCGCAAAGAGCGUGUUUAUGGGUCUUUAGACAACGCAGAAAAAUCGGCCCCAUUGAAAACUCGGCCACUUUUUUCGACAUUAGAAAGUUUGCCGAGGAGAAUGAAUUGACUGCUGUCGGUGCCCAUGUCUGGAGACAGAAAUUCGAUAGAAGCGUUGCCAAGGUGAGAGAAGAGUACGGACUAGGCAAAGCAACAGUCUUCCACAGAGUAAGAGGACUUGCACCUUUGGCAGCCUGA